AAUAACUAUCAUGCGUUCGAUUAUUGUUCUUGUUUAUACCUUAUUUUUGUUUUCUCGGGUUGCUUGUAUUACAGAAGAUGUCUACAACUAUUUUAUCCAUGAAGUUAUUGCUUCAGAAAAAAUCAGGGAAAAAAUUCGGAGCAGCCUCCCAGAUACAGAGGAGGGCAGAAGUGUUGCCUUAACAAUGUAUGACGCGUCAACGAAAAUUCCGAAUGGUCUUGUUGGUGGAAACUACUUUGACUUGGGACAUUUUGAUGAAUGUUAUGGGAUUCAGUACGGUGACAUCUAUGGAAAGUACUGUCUUGGAGCUUUUCCUUUUAAUCAAAUGCCUGUAUCUCUCAGAGAUCCUAGUGUUAAUACAACGAUAGACAGAUCUCCUAGGAUAUUGGAAGACUUUGGAGACCCAUAUACGGGUUACCAUUUUGCAGUAUGCGUACCAAGCAAUUGGUCUGUGACUGAUAUUCCUGGUUCGUUGAUAUAUGGAGAGGAAUUUUGUUACUCUAAAGCUACAGAAAAGGAAUUAUCGACGGGAGCGAUAGUCACUAUAGUUGUUCUGGGAAUUUUUCUAGUGUUGGUUGUUGCCUCUACAGCAUUUGACCUCUUCCUCUACUAUACGAAAAGAGAAUCUCCACACGAAUUGUUUAUAGCAUUCUCGUUCUUUUCAAAUGGUAAAAAAUUAUUACGUUCUACAAAAAAUCCAGAUCAACUUUUAUGUCUAAAUGGGAUUAAAUCGAUUAGCAUGAUGUGGAUUGUCAUUGGACAUUCGUAUUCCGGCAUGAGAAACUCUCCCUUAUCAAAUUUUGCUGAACUACGAAAGUGGAUGCAAAAUGCUGCAAACAUGUAUAUGAUGGGAGCAACAAUUGCAGUUGAUAGUUUUUUUGUAGCUGCUGGACUUGUUGCAGUUUAUACAUUCUUGAAAUCUAGAGACAAAGGAGUAAAAUUUAAUAUUAUUUUGUACUACAUUCAUCGAUACCUUAGGUUAACACCUGUUUUAAUAAUCCUUGUUCUGGUUCACCUUUUCUUGCUAGAUUAUUUUGGUAACGGUCCCUUAUGGAGAGUUGUAGAUAUCACGUUAGUUCAAGUUUGUGAAGAAGCCUGGUGGAGCACCAUUCUCUAUAUUACGAACUUUGUUCAAAGUGGUUCUUGUAUACCGCAAACAUGGUAUCUUACUGUCGACAUGCAACUUUUCAUCCUGUCUCCUAUUGUUUUAAUACCCUUAGCGAAAUGGCCUAAAGUAGGUUUAGGGAUCUUAGGAGUUCUAGUAGCAUUAGGAUCUUUUAUACCAUUUAUUUUACGCUUUACUUAUGGUACUGAAGACACGGGGCUGACUUCAACGGAAGCUUUUAGAUAUGUGUUUUAUUAUCAAUCGUACACGAGGUUUGGACCCUACGUUAUAGGCAUGACUUUAGGUUACUUUAUAUAUAAAAUGAAGAAGAAUGCUGUAAAAAGAAAACUACAAUGGCCAAUUGUUUUGAUUUUAUGGUUGUUUUUCUUAAGUAUUCUGGUUGCUUGUCUUUAUGCAGGCUAUUGGGAUGUAAAUCUAUCAUCAGCGGACGACAAAUGGGGCAAUUCUUUGUUUCUGGCUUUCGAUAGGCAAGGAUGGGCAGUAGGUGUUGCUGGAGUUAUCUUUUUGUGUGUUGCUGGAUACGGUGGACCCAUCGACUGGUUUCUAUCAUUACCAAUUUUCCAGUUUUUUACGAAAGUGUCUUAUUCGGUAUACUUAGUACAUCAGACCAUUAUCUUUUGUAGAUAUGCUGCCAUGAGAAGUCUUUUUCAAUUUUCGGACAGUGCCGUAAUGCAUGCUUUCUGGGGUGACUUUAUGUUUACACUGGCGUUGUCUAUAAUAUUGUGGUUGACAUUUGAAUCUCCUGUUCCUGUAUUAGAGAAAUAUUUAUUUGGAUCUUGUUCUCGCAAACAAAAACAAAAUGUGAAACAGUCUAAAGCGUAAUGAUGUAAUCAUGCAAAAA